UUCUUUCUUAUUUACGCAAGCAAGUUAUUUUAUUGGGACGCCUUCCAGCUGCUCACCAGAGUGUCAUCGUCCAACGACCUUUUCGUUGUAUGAUACAACGGAAGCCAAUAGCAACACAGCAAUCUAUAGUAGAUUCUAGUCAACCUCAAGUGAGUGACUCUGUACAUUUACUGCAAGUGAAGAAAAGUGGAGGUGAAUGUCCUCUACCUCGUUCAUCUACCAAGUGUUAUUAUGGUGGUGGUACGCCAUCUUUUGAGUUGCUCGUUCCUCAACAAAAGCAAAACAAAGUGCGCGAUGUCUUAUUGCUUCGUGAGAAGAGAAAAAAGAAACGGAAACCUCGAGGUUAUUGGAAAGACUAUUCAAGUGUUCGCAAAGAGAUAAUACAAUAUGUGGAACAGAGAGACGGCGUCUCAGGACUUGAUGAAAAUAGCAUUGCGCUCCAUCGUAUGCCAAGUGCCAAUGAAUUGAGAAAAUCUGGACGUUAUGCGUUGGCUUUGGCAAUCAGCAGUCAUCACGGUGGCUUUCAUGCCGUAGCAAGAGAGAUUGGAUUGCAACCUAAUCAUCAUUCUUCCGGUUAUUGGGAUCAUUUUGAACACGUUGCCAAAGAAAUUGCCGAAUGGAGAACAUUGUAUAUGCCUACCUAUCAUCAAUUGUUGAAAGCACGUCGAUUGGAUUUAGCUAAAGCUAUUCAUAAAUAUGGAGGAUUUCCAGCAGUGGCAGAGAAGCUUGGAAGAAUACCCAAUAAGAGAAGAAAAUAUUGGCACAAUAUGGAUAAUCUAAGAAAUGAACUGCUUCAGUUUAUGCAACAAAAUGGAUUAGAACAGUUACCGACGAUGACUUUGUUGAGUACUUGUAAGAGAUGGGAUUUGAUGGGUGCCAUUCGCUUACAUGGAGGACUUUAUGAAGUAUCACGUAAGACUCAAAUUCCGUUAUCUAAAAGUACUCGACAACCACGUGGAUAUUGGUCCAAUAUAGAAAAUUUGAAAGAGGAAUUGACUGCCUUUAUCUCUUUCCAGGACCAUUCCAUGAAUAAUAUUCCCUAUUCGAGUAGGUAUCUUGUAUGGAUGAUAAGAGAUUCAUAUUCAUCUAUUUGUGUUAUAGUUCCUACCUUGUCCAAUUUGAAAAGGAAUCAACGUCAAGACCUUGUAGAGGCGAUUAGGAAACAUGGCGGUGUGCAGACAGUGGCAGCUAAACUAUACAUGUUGAGACAAAGUAAACGAAAGGCCAAAGGAUAUUGGAAUGAUUUUGCUAUCCUUCGAGCAGAAAUAUCGGUAUUUUUACGUCGUUAUGGGACUCCAGGUGUGAUGCCACUUGGUCAUGAGUUGAGACGCCAUCAACGACGUGAUCUUUGUUAUGCAAUCCAGUUACAUGGUGGAUUUUCAGUAGUAGCUGGUAAACUUCAUUUGAAUUGGAUAGGACCAAUCAGUUUUUGGCGUAAUUGGAGCAACCUAAGGAAGCGACUCUAUGCAGAUAUGGAAAAGUGGGGAUAUCAUAGAAUGCCUACUUUGAAUGAUUUGGUUAUACGUGGUAGAGUCGAUUUAGCAUUUGGUAUUCGACUCCAUCAUGGUUUUCCUGCAGUUGCUAAAGCUUUUGGGUUGGAAUGGACUAUUCCUAGUCGACCUCGUAUGUAUUGGAAUGAUCCAGAAAAUGUGAUAACAGAGUUGAAAGAAUUGAUAGCCUUGUUAUCGAAUGAAGAGAAGAGAUAUAUGCCAAGUAAUGAGACUUUGUACCAACUGGGUAGAGGAGAUUUGGCAGAUGCAAUAAGAGAUACCAAAGGUUGGGUUUAUUAUGCCAAACGUCUUGGAUUGGUACCUCAUUAUCGUUGCAUUUCAUCCCAUAAGUUAUGGAAAGAUGUUGGUUUUGUACGUCGACAGUUGCAACGAUACUUAUCCAAUCGAGGUUUACCUCUUCGAGCAGUUGCUUCUGUAGAAGAAUUGUAUCGAGAUGGAAGGGGUGAUAUUGCCUUUGCUAUCAUGAAAUAUCAUCAAGGAGCUACUCAAUUAGCACAUCGACUAAAAUGGAAAGCACCCCAUAUGCGACCUUUACCACCUGCUUAUUAUCGAUAUUGGUCCAACGUAAUUAAACAACUAGUCUUAUGGGUAGACAAAUAUGGAACUCCUGGAUUGAUGCCUAGCAAAAAGGAACUGUUUCAAACAGGUUAUAGAGACUUGGUAUUUGUGAUUUAUCGUCACGGAGGAUUUCAGAAAGUAGCUUGUCGUAUGGGUUGGACUAUUCAUGAAGAUAAUCCUCAUUGGUUAACUCAAUGGUUAGCUUCUCAAGCAGGAUAUUCCAUGUUACAAAAACCUAAAAGAAUGAAACCCUUUUCUAAAUGGAUGUCUUUUCCAGAUGGAUAAAACAAUUUCAUCUUUUCAUUGUACAAUGUGAUGAUAACCACUAUGUUGAGCAAAACUUUCAUAAAAUGUCAAUAAAUGACUGUUGGUUCUCGGUUUCACUUGUUGUAA